UUAACUAUAGUUUGGUUGAUACCAGUGUUUUGUUAAUUAUAAAUUUUGCGACAAUGCCGGUUUAUGCUUCGUCGGUUUCCGGUGGCGGCGAGGUUGUUUGCGUCACCGGUGCCGGGGGGUUCAUUGCUUCUUGGUUAGUGAAGCUUUUGCUUGAGAAAGGUUAUGUUGUUAGAGGGACCGUGAGGGAGCCAGAUGAUCCAAAGAACUCUCACCUAAGAGCACUAGAAGGAGCUGCGGAGAGACUCAUCCUCCUGAAAGCCGACCUCCUCGACCACGCCAGUCUCUACUCCGCCAUCAACGGAUGCUCCGGCGUCUUCCACACUGCAUCUCCGGUCACUGACGAUCCUGAGAAAAUGAUAGAGCCAGCGGUCACGGGCACCAAGAACGUUAUUUGUGCUGCUGCUGAAGCUGGAGUUCGCCGAGUCGUGUUCACAUCAUCAAUUGGUGCGGUGUAUAUGGACCCAAAUCGCGAUCCUGAUGCAGUUGUUGAUGAGUCUUACUGGAGUGAUCUUGAAUAUUGCAAGAACACCAAGAAUUGGUACUGCUACGCGAAAACGGUAGCAGAGCAAGUAGCAUGGAAGACAGCAACAGACCACAACGUUGACCUCAUAGUAGUCAACCCCGUCCUAGUCCUCGGCCCAUUACUCCAAACAACAGUCAACGCCAGCACAGCACACAUAAUGAAGUACUUAACAGGUUCAGCCAAAACCUACACCAACGCGGUUCAGGCUUACGUGGAUGUCAGGGAUGCGGCGGCGGCACACUUGGCGGUAUACGAGUGGCCGGAGGCAGAAGGAAGGUAUUUGUGUGCAGAGAGCAUGCUGCAUCGUGGUGAUGUCGUCCGUAUCCUUGGGAAGCUCUUUCCUCAGUACCCUGUGCCUACCAAGUGCUCGGACGAGGUUAACCCUCCAAAGAAAGGUUACAAGUUCACAACGCAGAAGAUCAGAGACGUAGGCAUCCAUUUCACUCCUGUGAAACAAGUCCUCUAUGAAACUGUCAAGAGCCUCCAGGAGAAGGGCCAUCUAAACUCAUGAUGUCAUCUCUAAGUUCCUUCAAACUGUUCGGUACUUAAAAAUGUUUACUUGUUUAUAUUUUGCUCUUACAAGAUGAUUAGACCACAGGCCCUAAUGCUACUAUUUCACGCCAGCUCAGAAAAUUCUAUAAGCUUGUGGUUUCUUGUUACUGUCCUUAGAAAUACAAUAAAUCUUUGUCGUAAUUGA